AUUUUAAGCCGCCGCCGAAAUAUUUAUAAUAUAGUGUCUGUCGCCACCUAUGUGAAUAUUUGUCGGCACAGGGCUCUGUUCCAGUCUCUGGUAGUUUAUGAUGGAUAAUAAGCCGGUUGUGGACAGUGAAGAUCUUAAUAGUGUUAGCUUGUUGGUUAUAGUAGUGGAUACAAAUCCAUCCCAACGUAUAGUUCGUCAAAAUCCCGAAAAUCUAUCACAAUGCCUCGACGCCAUAGUUGCAUUUGGAAAUGCGCAUUUAAUGCAAAAAGCUCAAAAUAAAUUGGCGGUAAUUUCCUGUCAUCAUCAUGCAACGGAUUUCUUAUAUCCCAUGCCGGUUAAACAAUUGGAAGUGCGUCAGGUGGAUGGUCAAUAUGAAGCUUUUAGUUUGGUAGAGAAAACCGUUAAGCAGCGUUUAAGUCAUGUAAUAACAAAUGCUCCUAAAAUAAGUCAACCCACCGAGAGUCUGCUGGCCGGCAGUAUGUCCAUGGCUUUGUGUUACAUAUCAAGGAUCCAACGUAAUAGUGCAGCUGGUGUUAAGAUACAUUCCCGCAUUUUAGUACUGACCGGUAGUAACGAAUGCGCUUCACAAUACAUGACCUAUAUGAAUGUCUUCUUUACCGCCCAAAAACUGGGCAUUGUUCUUGAUGUGUGUGCCCUGGACAAAUCAUUAAGUUUACUGCAGCAGGGCUGUGAUAUUACGGGUGGUCAGUACUUACGCCUAACCCAGUUGGAUGGUUUGUUGCAGUAUCUUUUGUGGGUGUUUUUGCCAGAUCCUCAAAUGAGACAAAAAUUAGUUUUACCGCCACCCACUAAAGUAGAUUAUAGAGCAGCAUGUUUUUGCCAUCGAGAGUUAAUAGAUAUUGGCUAUGUUUGUUCUGUGUGUUUAUCAAUUUUCUGCAAAUUUAGUCCUAUAUGUACAACUUGUCACACUGUUUUUAAAGUACCUGGUCCACUGCCAACCAAACCCAAAAAGAAGAAAAAAGUCUAAAACGUUUUUCACAAAAUUAAAUUCUUAUUAAAAUCUAAACUACAGACUUAAAAAAUACAAUAACUAACAAAAAAAUUAAUCAAUCAUAUGCUGCCCUUUCGAUUUCAUUCAUUACGUGUUAUUUUACUAAAAUACAUGGGACCAAAAUUGGCUGGUAAAUAUGGCAAAACCAUUUGUCCAUAUUUUAAACUUUUUGGAUAUUCAAAUUUAUAAAUAUCACUAAACAAAUUAACAAUAUGACUCAAAUCCUUAAUGGUACAUGUUAAACCAUGUUCAUGGAACACCUUCUGUAAAGCCAUAUGAACAACACCAUCAUUUUGUACGGGUGAUAGAGAGCAAGUGGAAUAAACUAAACUUCCUCCAGGUUUCAAUAAACGUAAGCAAUUCUCCAAAAUACCCGCCUGCAGUUCGGGUAUCCUUAAUCUUUCUUUAAUGCGUGUGGGCUUGAAAAUAUUAUUAUCAUUUUCCAUUAACGAGUGACGAUCAGUGGUGCAGGGUACAUCCACCAAGAUCUUAUCAUAUGUACCAUAUUCUUCUAUAUUACGAGCAUCGCAUUGAUUGAGUAUUAAACGUUGUCCUUCCCAUCGUUCUUCAUAAUCGAAUAGAUAUUCUUUCAUAACUUUGCGUAUACGAUUUACCCGCGAUUCCAUUACAUCAUUACACACCAACUGUUCGGGAUGUAACGUUUGUAACAUUAAUAAAGAUUUACCACCAGGAGCAGCACAAGCAUC